UCAUGUCUGGAUGGCCCAUUGUUCCUCCCCGGGCUCAGGCAUCCCCUCGACCUUUUGUGGACUGAUGCCGGGGGCGACUUUCUUGAGUGUAUCGAUGAAGUCCUCCCCGCCGUGUUGGAUGGAAGAAAACACGUGCUGGAUGAACCCGGCGUCGCUUCUCGAGGCAUCCAUCAGCGUCUUGCUCGAGAGGCCGAGACCCAGGACGAUGCACAGGAGGCGACCACCGCCGAUGACCUGAACAGAUAAUGUUAUGAUCUCUCUCCAUUGCGCAUCGUGUCGUUUGCGUGUGUUGUUAGUUGGUGUCUUCGGCUUACCCCUCUGGCGGUGCCUGCGGCCGCAGCCACUCCCUUGGCUUUAAGGCCAAGAUCACCCACCAGCUGCAGUGUAUUUGCCAUUUGUACGCAUGUCUCAUCAUCAUGCAUGAUAUCGUCACCUUGCUGAUCAGGUCUUUCUUCGCGGCUUCCACGGGGGCCUUCGCCAUGGCCUGUCGGCCGACGGCUUGACGAAGCCCGCCACCUCCAGCCUUGGCAGCGCUCUGCACGAGGGUAGGCAGGACCUCCUUGGCCUCUGCGGCAGUGAUGUCCUUGGCGGUUAUGAAGAUCUUCGUCUUUCUGCCUCCCGACAUGGGUCGCACCUUGCCAGCCCGCCUUCCUGUGCGAGUGAUUGUUCUUCGCGCGGCUGGGGCCACCUCUUCAGUCAGCAGAACGGCAAAUCUGCCAGCCUGCGCGAUCUCCGGGCCGGGCUGCCUGAGCUGGGUCAGAUUUAGGAAGGCGCUUGCUCCUCUGAUGGGUUCUGGAAUGAUACACAUACAUGCCGGGCACAGCGAGGCUUAACUGCAGGCAUGUAUGGGCCGACCGUAAUGGGCAAUGCAUGUGCCGUCGUCGUUGGCUUCGAUGCCGAUGAGGCGGAUGUCGGUGCCUGGAGACACCACCUCCUGAAUGAGCUUGACUCGCACAUCCUCAACCGACGUCCUGCCCUUCAGUUCUUCGCCCAAUGCCUGUCCAUUCACGUGUGAAUUGACAGGAGACAGGAGUCGCUGUCGCACAAUGAAUGCAACGGGUUACAUACCUCGCACAAACGUCGCUCGUCUUCAAGUUUGCAUGGCUUUUGAAGAUCUACGACACCGAGCACAUCUGCCUCUUGCAGGGCCUUCUCGAUGGCGUCCCCCUUGUAGCAAGCGCUAUCCGUCGAAAGGCCGGGGGCGUCCGUCACGACCAGCUUUGCUCUGCCUUCAGGCCCCUCAGCAAGGUCCUCUGCACGAACAGCGCGUAGACACCAUUGCAGAGUGCUGUACAUGAUGCGUGUGGCGUGCGUGCGUGGCGGUGAUGUGGCUUAGCCUACCAGAAACAGGGACGCCGAGUGCAGCCAGCUGUUUCUCACUCAUGCCACUUAUGUUUGGGCAGGUCUGCUGGUCGUCGACGGGCUCGAAGGCACCGCAGAUGUGGUCGGCAUGGCCUGCAGACAACCAAUGUAUACAACGCCAUGUGUGCAAGACAGGCGCAGGGCUGCAUCUGCAGACACUGCUCCGUCCAUUUGAGGGCUCACCGGUCCUGUUCAGGAUGAGAACAACCACCAGGCUGAACAAAGAUAUCAUGUCCGCCCGCAUGACUUCGUUCUCGGUUGAUCGUUGCUCCGCAAACUGAACAGUCUGCUCCACAGACUGGCCCUUGUGGCGAGACGCCCCCAU